AGGACUAUAAAAAUAUUUAACGAAUUACAGUCUCGAGAUCGAGAUUUUUAGAUCGACCAGGUCGGGGGAGAGAGAUGGCGGUCUCUCUGCGGUUCGCACUUCUACUGUUCGUAGCUUUUGUUUCCCUUCAGUUGAUAUCCGCUUCUGAUGAUGCCAAGAUCUUCUAUGAGUCCUUUGCCGAGCCAUUUGAGGGGCGUUGGAUCGCGUCUGACAAAGAAGAUUACAAAGGUGUAUGGAGACACUCAAAGAGUGAAGGUCAUGAUGACUAUGGCCUUCUUGUGAGUGAGCCAGCAAGGAAGUAUGCAAUUGUGAAGGAGCUUGAUGAGCCCUUUUCUCUUAAGGAUGGUACUGUUGCCCUCCAGUAUGAGGUUCGCCUUCAGAAUGGGCUUGAAUGUGGUGGUGCAUACCUGAAAUACCUGCGGCCCCAGGAGGCUGGUUGGAAUCCUAAAGAGUUUGACAAUGACUCUCCUUAUACUAUUAUGUUUGGACCAGAUAAAUGUGGGGUCACGAACAAGGUUCACUUUAUUUUAAAGCAUAAGAAUCCCAAGAGUGGGCAGUACAUUGAACACCACCUCAAGUUCCCACCAUCUGUCCCAUCUGACAAACUUACUCAUGUUUACACUGCCAUCUUGAAACCAAAUAAUGAUUUACAAAUUUUGAUUGAUGGAGAGGAGAAGAAGAAAGCAAAUUUCCUAUCAUCUGAAGAUUUUGAACCCCCACUCAUUCCUGAGAAGACAAUUCCUGAUCCAGAUGACAAAAAGCCCGAGGAUUGGGAUGAGAGAGCAAAAAUUCCAGAUCCUAAUGCAGUUAAGCCAGAUGAUUGGGAUGAGAAUGCACCCAUGGAAAUUGAAGAUGAGGAUGCUGUGAAGCCUGAAGGAUGGUUAGAUGAUGAGCCUGAGGAGAUUGAUGAUCCAGAGGCAACAAAACCGGAAGAUUGGGAUGAUGAGGAGGAUGGUGAAUGGGAGGCCCCAAAGAUUGAUAACCCAAAGUGUGAGACGGCCCCUGGAUGUGGUGAAUGGAAGAGGCCAAUGAAGAAGAAUCCUGCUUACAAGGGUAAAUGGCAUGCCCCACUUAUUGACAAUCUCAAUUACAAGGGUAUUUGGAAGCCUCAAGAGAUUCCAAACCCAGAUUAUUUUGAGCUUGAUAAACCUGACUUUGAGCCUAUUGCUGCUGUUGGCAUUGAGAUUUGGACUAUGCAAGAUGGUAUACUAUUUGGCAAUUUUCUCAUAGCAAAGGAUGAGAAGGUUGCAGAGUCUUACCGGAAGACUGCAUGGAAGCCAAAGUAUGAUGCUGAGAAAGAGAAACAGAAGGCUGAGGAGGCUGCUGCCGGGUCAGAUGGUCUUGCAGGCUUCCAGAAGAAGGUAUUUGAUCUGCUGUACAAGAUUGCAGACCUUCCUUUCUUGGAUGCAUACAAACUUCAGAUUCUUGAUGUUAUUGAGAAGGGAGAGAAACAACCAAACCUCACAAUUGGCAUUCUUGUUUCAGUUGUGGUGGUUAUCAUCUCGGUUCUUCUGAAGAUUAUUUUUGGUGGGAAGAAGGCAAGAGUGGAGCCCAAACCCAAACCCACAGGAGCUGCUGAGAGUUCAGGCAAACAAGAAAGCAGCAUUGAUGAAAACGAAGAAGAGACUGAGAAGGAAGAAACUGGGGCUUCUGUGCGUAAGAGGCAUACCCGUCGCGAAACUUAAAAGAGAAGGAAACGAGGGUGCUGGUCUCUACUAGAUUAAUUCUUCACUUUUGGUAGUUUAUCAGGUUUUAGUUAUUUUAUUAGCCGGAUAAUUGUUUUUACAUAAUAUUUGUUUAGCUUUGCUACAAAACACUUAAAUGUAUGAAGAAUUAGAUUGAAGAGUGUAAAUUGGAUGGUCUAGCUGAGAUGGUUCAUUUUGUGCAUCUUAUGAAUUAAUCAAUUUGGCAGACUGAGGAUUUGAUGUUGUUGCA